AUGGACGUUGAAGAAGUUGAAGUCGACGUUGACGUUGAAGACGAAAAGGGCGACUUUUUCUCUUCAGCGAGACAGCAGCAGCAGAAAAGGGCAGAGGCAGAAGAAGCAGAAGAGAAGCAGGAUGGAAGAUGGAUGGAAGACAGCGAAGAAAAGGAGAAACAGGAGAAAGCGACAGGUCAUGUUUCCAGCGUCUUUCCAGCGUCUUUCCAGCGUCUUUCUGGCAGCUUUCUAGAAGGCAGAUGGAAGACGUGGAAGACGUGGAAGAAGCAUUAA